AGACAAACGGCGAAUCGAUAAGAAGCAACAAGUGGACCUGGAGCGCGAGACGGCGGUUGCGUCCCGUGGGAAACGCGGUCAUUAAUACAUCCUGACGUUAUACUGCAAGACGGGCACCGGUGGCGAAGAAGACGCUGCGCGAGCCUAACGCGUGUGGAGAAGAAGCUAAGUGGUCUUUUCCACCUGUCCGCGGAGGUUUGCGCAGGAAAAUUAGACGCCCUGGGAGUUUCCGUCUGUCCGCGCGCGGCGCUCGAGUCGUGAUGCAGGCGAGCAAAGGAAGGGCUGCCGGCGACGGCACGCGCACCGCGGUCUUGCGCGGGUAGCCCGCGCCGCGGAGGCCGUCGGAAGAGCGGGCUCGAGGGCAGCGCGUGCGUUCGGGAUGUCCGACCACGGGUCGGAGGAAGCGCUCCCCCCGCCGGAGGACCACAGCGGCCGCGCAGGGAGCAUGCGCAAGGGCUGCGACCCCAUGCUGAUGACUCUGCGCAGUCGACUGCAGCAUCGGAGGGCCAGGAUCAACCAGCAGAUCAACAAAGAGCUGCGCAUGCGUGCCGGGGCUGAGAACCUGUUCAGGGCCACCACCAAUCACAAGGUGAGGGAGACUGUGGCGCUGGAGCUCAGCUUUGUCAACUCCAACCUGCAGCUGCUGAAAGAGGAGCUGGAGGAGCUCAACAGCAACAUGGAGGUCUACCAGACAGAAAGUGAGUCGGUCAACGUACCCAUGAUCCCGCUGGGCUUGAAGGAAACUAAAGAGGUGGACCUCUCCGCUGCACUGAAGGACUUCAUCUGCGAGCACUACGGUGAAGAUGGCUUGCAGUACGAGAACGAGAUCAGGGAGCUCGCGGACCUUCGACAGAUGAUGGAGUUUUUCAUAUUUGGAGGAGGUGAACAUGCUGUCGGCACAUUUCAGGCCAUGCGCACCCCCAGCCGCAGCGAGGCGGGCGUGGAGCUGUUGAUGGAGUACUACAACCAGCUGUACUUCUUGGACCAGCGCUUCUUCCCUGUUGGCAAGACCCUGGGCGUGUACUUCCACUGGUAUGACUCCCUCACAGGUGUGCCCUCCUGCCAGCGGGCCCUGGCCUUUGAGAAGGGCAGCGUCCUCUUCAACAUGGGGGCACUUUACACUCAGAUCGGUGCCCGCCAGGACCGCUGCACCAGCGAGGGCAUUGACAGCGCCAUCGAGGCCUUCCAGCGCGCUGCCGGAGCAUUCAGCUAUCUGAAGGAGAACUUCUCCAACGCGCCCAGCCUGGACAUGAGCGCUGCCUCACUGGCCAUGCUCGUGCGCCUCAUGCUGGCCCAGGUGCAGGAGUGUGUGUUUGAGCGUGUGCUGCUGCUUCUGCGGGAUGACCAGUUCACCACCCACCUGCAGGUGGCGCAGGAGGCGGCGCAGGUUUCGGACAUGUACUGGCUCGUUCUGCAGACCAUGGGGCAACCGCUGGUCAAGGACUACGUUCCUUUCUCCUGGGCCACCAUGGCACAGGUCAAGACGGAGCACUUCCGUGCACUUUCUCACUAUUACGCCGCCGUGGCCCUCUGUGAGCACGCUCAGUCCACACAGUGGGACGAUGGCGCUGGGGAGCGCGCCCUGCACCACUUCCACACGAGCACGCCCAAAGGACCGCCCCUCGGCCACGUUUUGCAGGACCCUGAGGAGAGGCGCAAGCUUGGUAAAGCACACCUGCGGCGUGCCAUCAUGCGCCACGAGGAGGCCAUGCGUGUGCACAGCCUCUGUAAGAUCCUGCGGAAGAUGGACAUCCUGCAGGAGGUGCUGUCCUUGAUGCACAAGCGCUCGCUGCACUGCUACUCCCACAUCGAUCACGAGGAUGACUUCUUUGAGACGGUCGAGGCGCCCGAUGUGCAGUCAAAGACUGAACAGAAGCCGGAAAUAAAGACCCCCGACUUCUCCAGAGUGCAGGUGACGGACAUCUUCCGGCGGCUGGGCCCGCUGCCCAUCUUCUCUGCCCGGAACCGCAGGAGCGCUCCACGGGUCGUGAUCCUGCAGCGGUCCGACGGAGGCCUGGGGCUCACGCUGAGGGGCGACUCUCCUGUGCUCGUAGCCGGGGUCGUUCCCGGGGGCUGCGCCGCGGAGGCAGGGCUUCGUGAAGGAGACUAUAUAGUGUCGGUGAAUGGAGUGGACUGCAAGUGGGCCAAACACGCUGACGUGGUACAUACCCUCAAAACCUACAGCGAGAGUGGCGUGGAGCUCUGUGUCAUCACCCUGCUGUCCCCAGAGGUGCACGGACAGGUGGAGAGGAGGGCCGCAGUGCAUCCCCCCGGAGGAAACAAGGAGAAUGCCCUUCACCAGGCAAGCCCCACCUCCACCAAGGGGUAUGGCCCCACGUCGCUCCUCACGUGGAACAGGAAGAAAGGAGGGAGUGGAGGAGCAGGCGAGGCCACCAAGAGGUUCAGUGGGACCUUGGGCCUGGGGUUCAGGACCCUGCAAGACAAGGCUGUGUGCUGAGUGUUCACACGCGUACCACCCGCACCACAGGAAGCUCUUUCACUGGAGGCAAGACAGGAGGGAGCAUCGCAGUGGGCGGGGACGAGACAGGAGGAGGAUGGGGGGGGUCAUGACCCAUCACCCCUGACCCCCUCGACUCCUGGCGAAAGCCCGAACUGAGCGUGAACACGGACGCUGCUGAUAGAUAAACCGGCAGGGCACAGGUCGGCUUGCUACGUUAGGUCCCUUCGAAACCACCUCCUUGCUUCCCCGUGGCUUGUCGAACCCUAAAGGUCUGUCAGGUCUGGAGACAAACAUGGUGAUGUUCACCCAAAGUGUGAUGGAGAUGUUAGAGGUUCAAGCUGCAGCACCUUCAGGUCACUUAAGCCACGUGUGGUUGAUGAGGUCAUCAGUUUAAUUAAAUGGCUCCGCCUUCAUAUUUGCGCUUAUUCCUAGUGGCAAGGGAGAUGCUUUUGUCCAAAGGGACAUGCGGCAGCAGCAGACUGAGGUACGGGUCCAACCACCUGAUUAAUGAAGCUCAGUAUGUUGUCGUAACACACACACACACACACACACACACACACACACGUUGCGGCACUUUCUUACAUAAGUGGUACAUGAAAGAGAAUGUAGGCAGAUAAAGUCAGUGGUGAGGGAAUCACUUAUAGGUGGUCCAGGGGGAGAUGGGUUUGAAGCAGAUGAGUUUGAACCCUUUCUGAACAUGGGAAGGAUUCAGCAGCUUUGAGGGACAAAGGGAAAAGGGCUUGAAUUUCACCAUACAAAGUGCAGAACACAUGUGUGCUGUGUGUGGUCUCCUGAGUGGAAAAGUGUGCCUGAGGGCUGAGGGGGGUGUUGGGUCAGUAACCCAUUUAUGGCCCGGAUAGGAAACAGCACUGGGUGGUCAGGAACCAUUGGUUCAGAACACCUUGCACCCGCAUCCGCAGGGGACAUGUCACUGGACUGGGGACUAAGGAGUGGACAGAAAUCACAGAAUACUCCUGCUAUUAAGGGUAUGACAUCAGGAGGUGGGAUUCGAACCUGGUUUGACUGCAGUGCAGCAGCUCUAGCCGCUACGCCACCUGCUGGCCCACUUUAACACACACCACAGUAGAACUGAACACCAGGGGGUCUGAACGGUAACCUCUGACUCGCAGCACUUCUUCAUUCUUCUCCGGUGCCAUCCUGUGGAUUCGAGACUUUGUUUUCACUGUAAACCCCAUCGCCAUAGUUACCAUGUUGAGAGCAGCUGUGCCAUGUCCCACCACAA